UAUGAUCUUAUUGGUCGACGCUGGGGGGAUUCAGUGUCAGGUGAUGUAGGGGCAGACAGCUACUACACCUGCUCCUCCGAGGAGAGCGUAGAUCGCUGCUCUCUGUCAACCCGGAUGCUGUGCACUACCCAGUGCGCAGCCCCGUCGGCACAGCAAGGGGCGGAAUUAUUUCCGGACACUUAAAGCACAGCUUUCCCCGGGUGCUCAGUCGUUUGUCCGCCAGCACCGCUUCUGAGCCGGUGGAUGGAGGUGGAUUUAAAUGUAUAGCCACCUAGGGCAAGGUAAGGUGCUGCUGGCACGGUGAAGGUCCUCGUCCCUGCAAGAUCGUGACCACCUGCACGCCAGGAAAAGCGUAACGAGAGACUGUGGUAGAGAGAGAGAGAGGAAGAAGGGACGCCGGAGAGAAAAGCAUCACUGCUGAGAGAGAUGGCUGAGUGCGGGCGAAAGGCGCUGUCUCUCCUGGAAGCGGCCCGCUCCCGGUACGAGAGCCUGCAGAUAUCCGACGACGUGUUCGGCGAGUCCGGGGACGACAGCAGCGACAACCCCUUCUACAGCACCUCCGGGGACUCCGACUCCGACAACUACAUCGCCGAGGCGGGCGAAGAGGAGCAGCAGCACCAUCAGCACCACCAUCAUCCAAAACGUGGGGAUAAGGAUUGCGGCCACAGCGGGGGGUCUGGUGGUGGGGCUACCAGCGGGAGCAGCGGUCCCCCGGGCUCUCUCACCCGUAGUCAGGCGGAGGAGGAAGGGUGGGCAGAGACACUGCAGGAUGUCACGGUCCCGCCGUACAUAGAGACAUACGGCCCCGCUCAGAAGAUGCCAGGCACCGCCACAGCCUUGGACUUCUUUCAGCUCUUUGUCCCGGACAACUGCAUCCAAAAUAUGGUCACCCAGACAAACAUGUACGCCAAGAAGUUUCAGGAGCGCUUCGGCUCCGACGAAGGUUGGCGUCCGGUCACGGCCCAGGAGAUGAAGGCGUUCCUGGGCUUCGUCAUCUCCACCAGCGUUCAGCGCUGCGAGUCGGUGCUCAGCAUCUGGAGCUCGGGCUUCUUUAGCAACAGGAGCAUGGCCUUGAAGAUGAGCCAGUCGCGCUUUGAGAAGAUCCUCAAGUACUUUCACAUUGUGGCUUUCCGCCCGUCCCAGGGGAGCAAUCAGGGCCUUUACAAGAUCCAGCCAUUCCUGGAUUCACUGCAGCAGUCGUUCAGCUGCACCUUCAGACCCUCGCAGACACAGGUUCUUCAUGAGCCACUGAUAGACGAGGACCCUGUGUUUAUCACCACCUGUACAGAAAGAGAUCUGAGGAAGAGAAAGAAGAGGAAGUUCAGUCUCUGGGUUCGACAGUGCACCUCCACCGGAUUCAUCUGUCAGAUCUCCGUCCAUCUGAAGGAGGGACAGGGCACAGAUGGACUGGCCACCUUGAAGAACAAGCCACAGCUCCACAGCCUCGUGGCCAAGCAGCUCUGUCAGAACAUCUCCGGCAAGAACACCAUCAUCUUCACCGGGCCGUCCAUCACGAGCCUCGGCCUCUUCACUGAAUUCAGCAAGCAGGAUAUCCACUGCUGUGGCUUACUGAGCACCAGGAAGAGCGACUGUACAGGUUUGCCACAAAGCAUGCUGGUCUGCAGCUCCACGCCGGCGCAGCGCGGCCAGUCACGUGUGAUGAUGAAAGGCAGCAUGUCCCUGAUCAGCUGGUACAAUAAGGGACACUUCAGGUUUCUUACCAAUGCUUACUCACCAACAAAACAAGGUAUGAUUAUUAAGAGGAAAAGUGGAGAAAUUCCAUGCCCCCUUGCCGUCGAGGCCUUUGCGGCGCACCUCAGCUACAUCUGCAAAUACGACGACAAGUAUAGCAAAUAUUUUAUCUUCCAUAAGCCCAACAAGACCUGGCAGCAGGUGUUCUGGUUGAGCAUCAGCAUCGCCAUCAACAACGCGUACAUACUCUACAAGAUGUCCGACGCCUACGCCGUCAAGCGCUACAGCCGAGCGCAGUUCGGAGAGAGACUGGUCAGAGAGCUGCUGGACGUGGACGACUGCUCCCCCACACAGUGAGAAGAAAGAGGAGGAGGAGGAUGAAGACAGAAAUACAAUCUCUCCCACAUGUUAAUUUCCACUUGGUUGUGCAGACCUUCUGGGUCUGUGUCAAUGUGCCAAGCUACUGUCUGUCUUCCUGUAGUUGUUCAUUUCUGCCCCUGUAAAUAUUCACUAACACACAACUGCACUGUAUACAUUAUUAAGAGCCACCUGGGACAGUUCCCCUGCCUCAGCUGCUACUGUUAACCACACAUAUCUGUGUCAGCAGGUAUCAGUCGCUUAUGUGUCAGCAGAAGCAAAGAUGAAGCAAGAAACAACGAAAGGAGGAGGAUUUCACUCAUAAAUGAUGUCACCUUAAAAUCUUUAGCUAUAUCAAAGAGUUAAACUAUCUAACAAUUUAAUAAACCUAAAUAAAACUGAAAAUAUAUUUAAAAUACUAUUUAAAAAAACAACACACCUGGCACCUUGUAACACAAUCAGAGUAAACACAACACACUGCAUGCAUCGAGAAUGUAGAUUGUGAUGUUUGAUGUUUAAGUGUGAAAAAGAUUGUAGCUCCAGGCGAGCUGUGAAAAAAUUGUGUGUGUAUGUGUUCAGUAAGUAGAACUGCCACUUGUAUGUCUGAUGUUGAACCUGAGGAUGGAAAUGUGCGACACCUUGGACUUCGUGCUGCUGCGCACCAUGUUUGCUAGAGGUGCAUUGUCAGUAAAAAGUGAUGCUUCAUACAGCACUGUGUCCAUCCCUUCAUCACAACUGCCCACAUCAAAAAAGUCCAGACAAUAAAGCCAUAAAGUUCCCUCUGAACUUUUUCUUUUUUAGUAUCUUUAACGGCAAAAAAUGAUACAUCCGAACAGUGCUUUGUAUUGUAUGUUACUUGAACUUUUCCACAGUUAGUCAUGUUUCUUAGAUGACACAGGUGAUCAAAAAGCAUCUUGAAGACCUUUCUAAAGUUAUCAUACCCACUGUAAAAACAUGGUGGUGGCAGCAACAUGCUGUGUGGAUGCAUUUCUUCAGUAGGGACAAAGAAAGCUUGUCAGAGUUGAUGGGAAGGUGAACGGAGGAAAAUACAGAAUAGUCCUGGAAGAAAACCUGCAAAGGCCUUGAGACAGGCACGUGGGUCGACCUUCCAGCAAAGCUGAGAUACAACGGAACGAUUGAAAACUGAGCAUAUUCCUGCCAAAGUCCAACUGAGAGUCUGUGGGAUGACUUAGAAAUUGCUACUCACAGAUGCUCUCCAUCCAGUCCAACUGAGCUUGAGCUAUUUUUGCAGAGAAGUGGCAAAGAUUUUCUGUCUUUGCAAAACCAUACUCCAAAAAUUAUUCCCUCUGUAAUCUGCAUUUAGAUUUUUUUAAUUAAAAACCUUGCAUCCUUUUCCUUCUGCUUCCCGGUUACAUACUACAUUGUGUUGGUCUAUUGCAAGAAAAUCCCAGUAAAAUAGUUUGGCAUUUUGGGUUGUAAUGUGACAAAACGUCUAAAGGUUCAAGUGGUAUGAAUAAUUUAGCAAAGCAGUGUGUUUUCUUUUAGGAUGGUAUCUGAUUAAUCAAAAUAAGGGAUAACUGCCUGAUUUUACUUUCUAGACUCUUCUUAUUCAUGACGUACAUUUUUUUUCCUUCAUUAAUUACAUCAAUAAAUUGAUUCCAACAAAACAUUAAACCCCACCCCUUUUGGGAGGAGUAAUUUUCUCCUGCAUCAAAGCGAAGUAUAACAGAGUUUUGGAGGGCAGGAAAUAUCUGAGUGCUCCAGCGUUGCCAGGCAGUGAGUACAGACUUGGCUGCUGUUCAGGGCUCUGUUCGGGUUGUAAUGUUUGCCGGGAUUAAAGGUGGAUGCAGGGGAAGAAAUUGGCUGCAGAUUAGAGCUAAAAUUACAUGAAACAUGGUUUGACAUUAAUUUGACUUAAACGGCAGCUUAUAUUACAAUGGGAUUUCUUGAAACAGGAGAGCAUUUUUUUCUGGGAUAAUUCUCAGUCUGAGCAUCCUGUGGCAUUAUUCUCUUUAGAGAAACCACCAUUUCCUUUUGUGCGCUUAAACUGCUUCAUAUUGCUCUCUGAAAUAUGGCUCCUUUUGCUUGGCCUAACAUGGUGAGGUUUUGUUUCUAUUGUUAUGCUGGAAAACCUUAUGAAGACUUUUAUACAUGUGAAAAGUUUUGGUGUGAGCUCGCUGUACCAGCAUGGUUUGGGGUGUGAAUACAUGUGAUACGACGACAUUCAUUGGUCCCCGACCCCUGCCAUAAGAGUCUUGCACUUUGAAAGCUUUAAAGUUAGUAAGAUGUUUUUAAUUUGGGCUAAAACAAUUUAAAUAUACAUUGUUCGUAUAGGUCAGAUCUGUAAAUAUAGGUAGAGAAAUGAAUGAUAUAUAUGUGAAAAUGAAUGAGAAGAAUUGUAACAGAAGGGAUUUCCACUGUAGAAUUACAGGUAUGUCGGUAUUUUGGUCAAUAAUCAGUCACUCACACUGAGGAUUGUUUUUUUUUUUUUUUUUUUUUUUUCCAUCCAAAUCAUAGCUGUUGUUAGUGUUGUGCAUGUGAACUGCUGAACUUUGUAAAUGAAUGUGUUUGAUCACUGUUUGCCACCAAUUAACACUGUUUAUCCAAGGGUGCACAUCUCUCCUGUCACAUAUUUGUCAACUCAUUAUUUUAAUACAAUGUUUGAUAUCACAUCAUGGCGACUGUUUUCACUCGACUGCAGAAAAAUGGAGAGCUGAUUAAAAAAAAGCUGAAGUGUUUGGUACCCCUCAGUCUGUGCAUUAAAAGGUUCAAAGAAACACACAA